GCAUGCGCAGCUUAUUUGCGGGUAGAUUUAUAACCUUCCUAUUCUAACAGUGAAGACGUAUUGGAUUUUGGAGUUUGAGCAAUUUAAUUACUCUUUUCCUUGGAAGAUAUAAUUACAAAAAACAUAAGGGAAUAUUCCAAGUAAGAUUCAUUUGUAAUUAACAAUCAUGGAUGAUGAUGAUCCAACCUGCGUUGUACAGAUGAUCAAAGAUUUACGGUCGGGAACCGGUAGUUUUCGGGGUGACAGCCGAAUGUCUUCUGGCUUACGAUUGUCCUCUGCAUCCUUCAUGCCCUCUUCUUCAAUUGUCGCUGACAAUGAAGAUGACGAUGGGAAGCCUGCAGUAAAGAAGUCAAGGUUAGACGAUUCAAGUACAAGCGUCAAUAGAUCCAGUCUAGACGGCAUUCCGAGUAGUCCUUGGGAAUGGCGGAAGUUGAAAGGAGAGGUAAUUUCUCUGCGAACAAGGCUCUUGCAUCAGGAAGCAACAGUAGAACAACUCCAUAAUAUAAGGAAACAAAUGGAACAAGUAUUCGACAAAGAGAAAAAAUUGUUUGAGCUGCAAUCUCAACAAGACAAACAGUUGAUUAAACAGCUUGAAGCAAGAUUGGAUGUGGCAAGACGCGUGGUGCAAGAAGCUAAAGAGGCCAAAUCUAGUGCUAAGAAAGAACUGGCUGAAGUGAAAGCAAUGCUGGACCAGAAAACCAUUGUCCUAAUAAAUGAGAACGUAAAACUUCAGGACGAAUUGAAACAAACCAACAGCUCACAUCAGCAGUUAUCUGCACUGGAUACUAGUAAGGAGGAUUCAACAGAAUUGGCAGAAAAACUAAAUGCUGCUAAGGAGAGAAUUUCGCAUUUGGAAGAGAGGCUGCAAGAAGCUAGAGCUAUUCAACAAAAGAGUGAGCUGUUAGAACUGGAAUUGCAAGACCUCAAAAUAAAAAAUGAACGAUUGGAGUCUGAAAAAUCGCUUUGUGAAGAGGGAAAAAUAAUGGCAGCUAGAGCUGCACGAGCCAGUGAUCUCGAAAAGGAACUUCAUGCUGCAAAUAAAUUGGUUUCUACUUUACGUGAGGCAGUCAAAGGCAAACUUUUCCUUGAGGAACAGAUCUGUAGUAUGCAACAACGGGUUCAGCACACCGAGAUGCUGGAGAUGCGAAUCGCAAAGUUAGAAGUUCAGCGAGCUGAAUUGCAGUCCCAAGUUCGGGAGUAUGAAUCAAUUGGAAUAACAGGAGGUCCAUUCGCGCUCAAAAAAGAGUUGCAGCGUUUACAGCAAACGGAGCUGAUCUUGACGGCAGAGGAAGGUCAGUUGAGGUCAAAGAUGGAAUCUACACAAAGGGAAUGUCAGAGUUUACUAAAAAAAUACGAGGAGACAAAGACACUUGCCAGUGAAAUGACGGUGGUCAGAGAGAAGUUGAACAAAUUAAUCAGUAGAUUACAAAAGAAGAUGAUGCUUGUUAGCCGGGAACGAGAUAGCUAUAGACAACAACUAGACUUGUAUGAAAAAGAAAUGACUGUUGAUGGGAAUAGUGUAUUAACCGAACGAGUUCCAGCCUUGGAACGAGCAAUAGAUGGAUACAGAGAGUUAGUGCGUAAAUUAGAGUCGGAUUUGGAGGCGGCAGAGGACUGCGUACAAAAAGCUCAGUGUCAGAAACUACGAGAGGAGGUUGAUCGGUUAAAGGGUGAACUCGAACACAGAGCACUGAAAGGUGAUUUCAACUGCAAUGCCAGGGUGUUGCACUUCAAAAUGAACCCUGCUGCUAUGGCGGAGAAACAAGCUGAAGAGAAGCACCUAGCCCUUUUGCGAGAAGUUGAAGAAUUAAGAGCCCGGCUGGCUACGGGAAAUACAACUCUAGGUCCCGUAGGGUCCUCUCUUCAUGCACAAGAAAUAGCGGAACUGAAACAUACCUAUGAAAUAAAGAUCACGCGUUUGAAAGAAGCUUUCAAAGCAUCUUCUCAAGAGUAUCGUCAAGCAUGUUAUCAACUCUUUGGUUGGCGAGUUGAUAGGACUAAAGAAGGACGAUACAAACUAUCCAGUCAAUAUGCCGAAUCGCCGGACGAUUAUCUAUUUUUCCAAGUUGGUGAGGAGGGCGUUGAUCUCCUGGAAACGGAGUUUUCCGCAACCCUCGGCCAUCUCAUCGAACGUCAUCUGCAAAUACAACACAGUGUGCCCAUGUUUUUGAUCGCUGUUCAAUCGGAUUUAUUUUCCCAACAAACUGCUGCAACUGUCGCCAGUUGAAUGAAUAGACAUCUUCUUUACAAUCAUCGUAUGAAACACAUUACCGACAAAAUAGCUCAGGCAUGGAUACUUUCCAAUAAUGAGUACCAGCAUGUAGGUCCUGUACUCAUUUUUUCUUAGUUUUCUGUACAUUUUUUAUUUGACUUAAUCAAUUUUUAGCCGUGUACUGCAGCAUCAUAUUUUCUACGUACAACCAAAUUAGACUUCAUAAAUUAGCGGUAAUAUCGCGUAUGUAUGUAUACAAGAUGGUACUUUGAAAAUAUAUUAAUGAUACAAUUAA